AUGUCGCUCGAGUAUAACGGCACGACCGACAAGGCCGAUGAUGGCUACUCAUCCGGGGUCCACGACCUCAAUGAGUUCUACGACACUGGUCACUUGACCUUCCUUACCAUCAGCGCCGUUCUCGUGCUGCUGAUGAUUCCCGGUGUCGGUUUCUUCUACAGCGGUCUCGCCCGCCGCAAGUCCGCCCUCUCACUCAUCCUCCUCUCCAUGGUGUCGGUGGCCGUCAUCAGUUUCCAGUGGUUCUUCUGGGGAUACUCCCUGACCUUCUCCCGCACUGGCAAUGCCUUCCUCGGUGACCUGACCCAGUUCGGUCUCAUGAAGACCAUUGGUCAGCCCAACGGCUCCUCUGCGCUCCCUGACAUCCUGUUCUGCCUGUACCAGGGCAUGUUCGCCGCCAUUACUCCCGCCCUCGCCAUUGGCGCAGUCGCGGACCGCGGCCGCAUGCUCCCCGCCAUUGUCUUCAUGUUCCUGUGGUCGACCGUCGUCUACGACCCCAUCGCCUACUGGACCUGGAACGCCAACGGCUGGCUGUUCAACCUCCCCAGCUACGACUUCGCCGGCGGAGGCCCCGUCCACAUCUCGUCCGGCACCUGCGCCCUCGCCUACAGCUUGAUGCUCGGAAAGCGCACCGGCUACAACAGCAACAACGGCCUCCCCUACCGCCCCCACAACGUCACCCACGUCGUCCUCGGAACCGUCUUCCUCUGGGUCGGCUGGUUCGGCUUCAACGGCGGUUCUGCCCUCGCCAUGAACAUCCGCGCCGUCAUGGCCUGCUACGUCACCAACCUGGCUGCCUCGUGCGGUGGCAUCGCCUGGAUGCUCCUCGAUUACCGCCUCGAGAAGAAGUGGAGCACCGUCGGCUUCUGCUCCGGUGCCAUCUGCGGCCUCGUUGCCAUUACUCCCGCUGCCGGUUUCGUCAAGCCCUGGGCUGCCGUCAUCAUCGGCGUCUGCGGUGGAAUCAUCUGCAACUUCGCCACCAAGCUCAAGUUCCUCAUCGGUGUCGACGAUGGUCUCGAUAUCUUUGCCGUCCACGGCAUUGGCGGCAUGGUUGGAAACAUCCUGACCGGUAUCUUUGGAACCUCCGUCAUUGCCAACCUCGACGGUGGCACCUACGACCCCAUCGGCUGGGUCGAGCACAACUGGAUCCAGCUCGGUUACCAGAUCGCCGGCUCCUGCGCCGCCUUCGCCUGGUCCUUCGUCCUGACCUGCCUCCUGCUCUUCAUCAUGAACCUCAUCCCCGGCCUGUCCCUGCGCGUGUCCGCUGAGGAGGAGGAGCUCGGCCUCGACGACGGCCAGCUCGGCGAGUUCGCAUACGACUACGUCGAGGUCACCCGCCAGAUCGACAGCGCCGCUCACUCGUCUUCCGAGGCCAGCGCCCGCAACAGCCAUGAGAAGGUCUAA